CUCGGUCGACGAGGUUGGCGUACGGGAGGGUUAAUCGCUGCGUGCAAGAGAAAGAAAGAUCUAGAUGGGGAUGACGUGGAUUAACGUGUCACGACAGCGAGUCCGGGUGGGGAUGCCCCUGCACCUAUAUAAUCCCCUGACACCGUCGUCUCCUCGUCGCUCAUCAGGCACAGCUCCAGCUCAUUGCACUGCACAGCUCCAGCUCAUUGCAGAGCAGAGCUCUACUACCAGCAGCUGAAUAGUAGGUUUGAUCAGCGAGCCGUGCACUGCUGUUCAAGCAGCUCGGCAUCUCGAUUCCGUCUGCCGAUUCAUUGGUGGCCCCUGUUCGCCGGCCGGCGACGUCGGACCGGUCGUGCAGUCUGGUCGGACCCGGUAGGUAGGUGGGAGCGAGCGAGGAUGGUGAACACGACGGCGGCGAUGAGCGGCGGAGUGCUGCCGCUGGCGUCGCUGAACCACAUCAGCAUCGUGUGCCGGUCGCUGGAGGCGUCGCUGCGGUUCUACACCGACGUGCUCGGCUUCGUCCCCAUCCGCCGCCCCGGGUCCUUCGACUUCGACGGCGCGUGGCUGUUCAACUACGGGAUCGGCAUCCACCUGCUGCAGUCGGAGGACCCGGCCAGCCUCCCGGAGAAGACGGAGAUCAACCCCAAGGACAACCACAUCUCCUUCCAGUGCGAGAGCAUGGUGGCGGUGGAGCGGCGACUAAAGGAGCUGGGCAUCCCCUACGUCCAGCGGUGCGUGGAGGAGGGCGGCAUCAACGUGGACCAGAUCUUCUUCCACGACCCCGACGGCUUCAUGAUCGAGAUCUGCAACUGCGACAACCUCCCCGUGAUCCCCCUCGGCGAGCGUGCACCCAUCAUGGGGGCUUGCAAACGAGCCGCCGCCGUCGUCAAACAGCAGCAGGCCGGCGUGGCCCCAGCCCCCACGGCCACGGCGGCGACGCAAUGCGUGCCGUCGUCCCAGGUCAUCCGCGUCAGCGAGGAGGCGCACAUCUCGUGCGCGUGAGCAAGGUGGGUGCGAGAUCAUAUCGAGCGGCGUCGUGCGUUGCUACCGCUCGGACGGUGACAGGCGCUGGAGAUCCAUUCGCCGCAGUGGGCUGCACGGAUGGGGUGGCGUGUGUGGCGCUUCGCGCGUAUAGGUGUGAGUCUAAUGGUGGGUUCUGGUAUGUUACUCCCCUUCUGAGUAAAGAAUAAAUCAAAGCGGGAGGAGUGCAUGGUUUCAUCUCUCAAAUUUGUCCUCUGUCACGCAACUGUCGAAGUGAAGUCAUUGGUCAUGGCGAAGUGCCAAAGGGUUCUUCAACCUUUAGAAGCUACUCUAGUUUGGAUAUGACGCCUCCUUAAUUCGACCAGCGAUUGGACGACAAGUUGGAUUUGUUGACGAAAGUAAGUUUGUAACUUCUUUUAGAAUUUUUGUUAGUGUUUCUGUUGGAUAAAGAAAUCCAACUAAAUUCAACCUUAUAUUAGCGUGUGGUGGCUGGGUGCUCAAUCUGAUUUCCUGUAUGCAUCGGCACUAACACGCGUUCUGAUAACUA